CACCUCCAUCCAAAAAUGCCUGGCUACUGUGGUCCAGAGUUCGCUGUUCCAUCCGUUGCCUCCACUCCAACAGUUGGCUUUGGAUCUGCACGGCUUGGCUGGGGAAACCUUGGCUGUGGGUAUGGAGGUCUCGGCUAUGGCUAUGGAGGUCUCGGCCUUGCACAUGGAGGUCUGGGUUACGGUCUCGGCUGGGCCCAUGGUCCUGCCAUAGCUGAAACUUCCGGCAGUCUGGGCACCCUGGCUGGAGUCAACCCUUCCUGCAUCAACCAGAUCCCACCCGCAGAAGUCGUGGUCCAGCCACCACCUGUUGUCCUGACCCUCCCAGGACCCAUCCUCUCUGCCACUGGGGAACCAGUUACUGUGGGAGGCAAUGCUCCAUGUGCCAUUAGCGGCACUGGGGUGGCAGGACUAGGCUCCUAUGGGGGGUUCGGAGGCCAAUAUGGAGGCUGGGGCUGGGGUUCCCGUUUAGGCCUGAGGAGGGGUUCAUGGAUUGGGAAAAGGUCUCUCCUGGGACGUCGCGGCAGCAUCUGUUGAUUCCUCUAUUGAAUCUGAGGAGAAUCUAUGCACGG